CUUUAUUCUUUGAUCAAUAAUAUCCUACUAUUAUCAUUAACUAUAAAUUACAGAUAUUGCAAGUAUUUUGUUAUUAACAAACUACAUCUAUGGAAAUUGUGCAUGUUCAAGUGGAAAACUAUAGUUGCUUUUUGAAUUAAUAUACAAAUAUAAUUAUAAUAUUAUUUUCAACGAUAGUUAAAAGUUGAAAAAGUAUUCCUAUCAUGGUCUCUUUAAUGACGUCGCUGUGUAAAAACUACAAGACUCAAAAUUUAAAGCAGUUAAAAGCUCUCUUUAGCUAUCCUAAGUUGUUGUUAAUUGAAAAUGAUUCAAUUGUUCGGACUAUAGACUUGCAAAGUAAAGAGACUGAACAAUAUGACAUCGAAAUGUAUACUUCUGUUUAUAACAACGAAAUAGUAGACAGAACUCUACAAAAAAAAUAUCUCUGGAUCAUUCUUAGAUCUGGAGAAAUUAACGUACUAAAUCUGAAUACUGGUUCUGUUCUCAAACUUAUUAUUGACAACUUAACUUCCAUGCCUCUGUAUUUUAAAACAGAUAGCUUUGAAAAUAUAUAUUUGAUUAGCAAGAAUGGAGACUGCUUUUUAUCUCCCUAUACAUCAAUUGAACUAGAAGAUAUGUUUGCACAAAAAACAGAACAAGUUACUGUAACCUUGAAGAAAGCCUCUGUGAGUAAUUCUACAUUGAAAAUAAAUGAUUUUACUUCGAAUGCAGCUUUCAAUGGACUUCAUAUGAAAAUUAAAAAUGAUAAUAUUGUUUUGAGAUGUCCUGUAACUGGGCUGCAUGAAAUCAUAUCAUCAAAUGUGAUGAUGAAAUAUAUUGUAGAAUGGGAAAAUGUUACAGUUCUGUCAAAUGAGGUACACCUAUGGGUGGUGGAUUUAAUGGAUGGCAAAAUUCUUCAUAAGUUUGAUGAUGUUAUGGAAAAAUAUUACCCUAUAGGGUCGCAUAACAACAUUCUGUAUUAUAUUACAUGGGAUGAGAACAAGGUUGAUGUUUGCUGUGGAUGGAAUCCCACUAUGUCUUUGGAAAAAUCUGAAAAUAGUUGCUGUUUAAAUAAUUCAUUUUAUAAUGUGUCAUCACAAGAAGCUCUUAAACUACAAACUAAGUCUUUAAUUGAAACACUAAUAUCUCAACCUGAGCACAAUCAGGUAUUUGAACAAGUGCAACAAUUGUUUGAAAAAAUUAAUGACCUUCCCUUUUUAGCGGAAGCUGCAUCAAAAAUUUGUCAACAUAACAUAAUUUAUAAGUCAGUUUUAUAUCCUCUUCAAAACCGUAUAUAUACAUCGGGCAAUUGCGAUCUAAUUAUUUUUAUGGCCGAUUUAAUUGUAAAAAUUGAUUUAUUAGAGUACCUACAAUUUCGAAACAGUAAUGAUUAUGAACAAGUAAAUUUUUUUGAUAAAAGUUUUAAACAGCUUUGUAUACUGUUUCUAACUAAAUCUGAUUUGGACUUGGCUACAAUUUGUUGGUUGAAGUACUCUGAAAUAAAGAUUACACUUAAUCAAGAGGACAUUGCAGAUAUUUUGUACUCUAUUCCAUACAAUAUUAAAAUGGGUGCUCUUAUCAUAUGGCUAAAAAACUUCGUACCUACACUCUUAGAUGAAAACCCUUUCUUUAUUGAUUUAAUUGUUAAGUGGACAAUUAAUCGAGUAUUUGAAUUAGAGCAGUCUGGAUAUUGGCCAAAAAUAGGAAUUAAAUUCAUUGAGGAAAUAACAAGUGUUUUAGAGUUAUCACUUAAAACAGUGUCAAUUAGACCUAUAUCUAUGGAUGAUAUAGAUACACUGAAAGGUCGAAUCUCAUACAUCCUUGAAUUAAAAGAGAAAUACAAAAUAAACAUGUUAUUGAGUGAACUUAGUUCUCUAAAUCCUAAUGAAGUCGCCCUUAUUAUGUUGCAUCGUUGCUAUACUGAAGAUUUAGAGAUCUUUCUGCAGGAUUAUUUGCCAUGUUAUGCUACAAGACAUCUUUUUGAUAUGGAUGAUACACUUCAAACAUUCAUAGAAAAUGAAGCAACUUCUGGUGGAGGGAGUGUUGAUGGUUGUCGUUUAAAAAUUCUGCUCAAUUCUUUUCGUUUAACUACAACUAAAUUAGAAUGCCUCUUACAAGUCCUAAGGUUACUGGAUGUACCAUGGAAUGCCAUAAUUAUUGAUUUAGCCAUCACUGCAGCUGCAUCAGCUACAAAAGAUUUUACGGUGACUGAUACAGAUCGUUCAUUAGCAUAUGAAAUACAGAAAGAACUUAACUAUGCUAAUGUUAAAGUCAUUUUAAAAAAAUAUAAUUUUCCAUUAACAUGUACUGAUUAUGUAUUGGUUCUUCAUAAAAUAAUGAAUUCACAAAUAGUUAAUUUGCAUGAUCUAAAGGUUGUUACAACAAAUUUGACGACAUGUAAGAAUUACGGUCAUAUAUCGUAUAUUUCAAGAUGUCUUCAAGAUUGUGACGCUAGAAUGGCAUUGGACUAUUUUAAAAAAUUAUCAACUUCUGACAAAAAAAUCUUGUUAAAAUCUGUCAUGUCUAAAUAUGAACAAAUAAUUAAUAAGAAAAUGAAUACAAUUAUCGAAAAGAAUUAUUUGGACUUUCUUAAGGGAACUCAAAUGUUGAAUUUCAGUCAAAUAAAAAAUAUUGAAACAUUGUAUUACCUAAAAAAAAUAUAUAAAAUAUCUUUAAAUUUGAAUAAAUUAUAUGUUGAGAAUUGUUGCAUUAAAGAAACAAAUUCAUGGUUUAUUAAAUAUGGAGAAACCACCACUUCAGGACAAUGUGGUUGCUUAACGCAAUUAAUAUAUACUAAUCAAUCACACUAUUCCAUGCUGAUGGGACAAUUACGCAAAAUUUCCACACCAAACCACUCAGCACGAAAGUUUGUUGAGAGUCUUCUUAAUACAUUCUUUAAAUGCAAUGAUAAUAAUUUGUUCUUUGCAACUUUUGUUUCGCUAUUAUCUGAUUUUAAGGAUGGCGACAAUUCUUUACUCUUACUUGAUGCAAAUGAAAUAUUGAUAGAAUUAUUAAUCAACUGUGCUGAAGAAAAUUUGCACUGUAUUGCUGAAAAAUAUUCCAUUAUAAAUGCAUUAAUAAAUGCCAAUAUUAUUCAAAGAAAUCUAUCUAUUGUCUGGAAGUUCCAUUAUAUAUUUUUACCUAUGUCAUCAGUUGCCGGUGUUAAUGAUUUAAUAAACUUUUAUAAGUUACUAACUCCUAAACAUACUGAUAUAAUAUCUCAUUCUUCUGAAAGGUGUGAUUUUAUACCAUUUACUAUGAUGUCGAGUAUUAUGGUAAAUGCAGUACAUUCGGGUCAACCGUUAUGUAAUUAUUACUUUGAAAAAAGGGACAAGAUAGCACAAAAAAAUUUAAUUAAAAUUUUGAGUUCUAAAAACUAUGAUGAAGUUCUAUUAACAGCUUUAUUGGUUAUUUUGAGCAAGUACAAAGAAAUAAAAAAUCAAAGAAUGUGGAUUUUAGAAAUCUUGCAAGGACAAAAUGAGUCUUUGUCUCCUGCUGUUACGAAUUAUCUUAUGAUGCCUUUAAUACGACGUGCAUUUCUAUUUGAUUCUAGUUUGAGUGGAAACUCAAUAUCCUGUUCACCUCAAUACAUGUUAAAAAGUAAAUUUAAUAUCAACUUGGCUGAAUUUGCUCUUCCUGAUAGUAAUGAAGAAACGUGGGAUGUUAAGGUUAUAUUAUUUCAUGUGCUAAGAGAAAAUCCAGAUACUUGUUAUAGCAGGCUUUUUGAUUUGUGCCGAACAUUGAAUUUAUCUGUAGAUGAUGGAUUAUCUUUACAAUUGAUAGCUCUUCUCACAACUUGGGAAUUAAAGUAUAAGGUAAUUAACGAUGAUUUAGAUUGUCCCCAUUUACAUUUUGACAACAAUCAAAAGGAAAUAACUACUAAAUGUUCAGUGAUAUGGGAAAAUAUUGAUCAUAAAGACUUUUUAAGAGAUAUUUUAAAUGAUUUUUGGAAAAAUGGUGAAGUUACUAUACAUGGCAGAUUGAUUUCUAUAAAUCCUUAUUAUUACGAAAUAUACAUUUGUAUAUACUACUUGAUAUUUGGUUCAUCAAUGGAAUUACGAAAUAAACGAGAAUACUUUUUACUUAACUUUCUAAAAGGUUAUAGAAGAUCAAGUGCACCCAAACAAUAUGAAUUUGAAUUAUUUUCUGUAAAAGGUAUAUUUCCGCAAAUCGGUUACUAUCGCCUACCAUUUCAUUUAUUUCUGCGUGACGAUAUGUGGUCUAAUUUAAAAUCCGAAAUUACGCUUGAAACAUAUGAACGGUGGAUACCUAAUGUCGGAUUGUUGUCGCUUGAUCCUGACUUUCAAAUUGCGAAAGAUAUGAUAUGCAGCAAUGCUUUGAAACAAACCAUGACUACAAGAAAAUCUGAUGAUGUCACUAAUAUCCAUACAAAAGAGAGUGAACCAUGGCGGCUUUCUAGUCGACAAGAACCAUUACUUCGUGCUGCACAUCGAUGUGUAAGUCAUAUUGCUAAUAUGGAAUGGGCUGGUGCCUGUCUUUUUUAUGUUCUUCAGGGCUGUGCUCGUGGUGCCGACCAGGUAGCGGCAGCUCAAUUAUGUUAUCAAUUUGCUGAAAAAUGGGCAGCAUUACAGCCAGGUGUUAGGGCAGUUCGACAAAUGGAACGCUUGCAUUCUACUUUAUCAACCCGUCAUGCUUUACAUAAAAUAGAAUGGAAUUGUGAUGAAUUUGUUCGUCUUUCGACAGAACCCGCUCAACUCAUUCGUGCUAUGUAUUUGCAUCCUAAUUUUGUUGAAAAAAUGAGCCGACAUGAUGUUAAUCGAGCAGCAAAUGAAAUCGCAGAUAAAAAUGCUAUUAAUAUUAGUUCAAUUAGAAUUCAAAUUUUAGAAAAUAUUCUCGAGAAGUCGAAUAAUGAAAAUAAACAUAAACUAUUUUUAGGCUUGAAUACUAAAGAAUUAAUGACUGCAAAAUAUAUAUUAAAAGCCACUUGCCCAAAAAUGGGGGCCAUCUAUUUAUCUCGAAUUGCAUUUGAUGAUGAAAGUGAUUUUAAUAAAUGUAAAAAACUUCGAGCACUACAAUGUUUAAUGAGUGUAAUAGACACUGACGCUGCUGUAAAAGUAACAAAUAGAGACCGCGAUUCUUUGUGGUCAUCGCUUUUAGAAUUAAUAAGCAUAGUCAAUUUAGAGAAUAUUGAUAUGCCUUGGGUUAUCGCCACAUUUAUGCAAGACAAAAUAAGUGCAUUGGAUCAAUUAUUACAAUCGUCAGGGAUUAAUGUUGAGGCUUUAAAAAUAGCAUCAGAUAUCGCUCGUCGAUUUGGCAACAAACAGACUAUUCGUAAUAUUGUACCAUUUAUGUUACGUGCUGGUUUAUAUGAAGAAAUGAUACCUUUAUUACUUAAAGUAUCGUCACCACUUAACGAUAUAUUGUGUACUGCUUGGCGUGCAGUCAUAUUAUCUCCAUUUCAACGUGCUGAUUAUCCGAUUACAGAAAAUCAAAAGAGAAAAUGUCUAAAUGCUAUAAAUUUAUUACCGGUUUGUCCAGUGAUUAAAGACGAAGAUUUGAAAGAAAUUUGGAAAAAUUGUAUAAGAUGCAAGUGUUUUGGCAUAGGUUGUCUUGUUUUACCAUACAUGACUUUCGAGAUGAGACAAACGUUACCGGAAUUGAAAAAAAUCGAUAAAAGAAAUCUCAUAGUCAGUCUCAAAAACCUACAUGCUGAAACAUUUCUUGUGUCUGGUGCUAUGUUUGUUAUUGAAAGUAUGGGAUCUAAAGUUUGCCGAUAGUUUAAUUAGAAGUUCAUUC